AGUUAUCGGAAUGCACGUUAAACAAGCUGCGAGCGCGCAUUGUACUGCAGGUCAAGUAACAAACAAAUAAUUAAAACGAAAUUCAUUUGUGUGCCAGCAACGAGAUGAAACGCAACAAGGACGAGGAGACCAAGGACGAGCAGCAGCCGCUGACCAGCAGCAAUGUGACGGUCAACAAAUUGAAUAAUAGUAACAGUAAUGCAUCAACAAAUAGCAAUAAUAAUUCAAUCGGUAACAACAGUAAUCCCAAUGAUGCCAAUGCAACGAGCGCUGCGGCAGGGACCGUGCGCACAACGGGUCGUGUAAAGAAACCAAAGCUCGUCUACGAUCCUUCCGAUAAUUACAUAUCACGCGUUGCUCGCACCUCACUACCGGCGGCAACAGCGAGUCCAGCAGGGGCAGCGGCAACUGUUGCUGCAACUGCCACAACUCCAACAAGUGCAGCAUCUCAGCAGCCCACGUCUCCAGCUCAACAGUCGCAGCCACAAACUCAGGUGCAAACGCCGCCAAAUGCUGCGGCAGACACAACGCCAGCCAACAACAGUGGCAACAUUGAUGAAUCUCUAGAGGCAGCCAAUUCCACGCCUAGCGGCGAGCAGCUGCGCAACUUCGACACCUGCAGCAAGUGCUCGAAAAGCGAACCUAAACGCGGCUCUGGCUACAAAAGCAAUUUCCUCGCCUGCAAAACAUGCGCCCUCAAAUGGCACUUUAAUUGCCUGCCGAUUGCUUUCGAGAUCCUGACCAAUGCACGCAAACGUUUCAAGUGCGACAAGUGUCGCCGGUGCCGCGUCUGCAGCAAUGCCAAGUUGCAGGAUCCGCAACAGCAACAGAUGCUUAUGUGCUGUGUGUGCGCGAAUGUUUAUCACUUGGAUUGCCAUUGGCCGAGUCUCGCAGCGAGCAAGCUAAGCGAUGUCAGCUGGAAAUGCAAUAGCUGUGAUCCCACCUACAAUGUCCAGGACAACGAAGACGUUGCCACCGGGCAACGAACGGCAUCGUCGUUAUCGCCGCCUCUGCCCCCCGCAGUUGCCGCGCAAAUCGAAAGCGGGACGCAAAAAGCGUGCCACCCCAGAUCCAGGGCCACCGAAUGCCAAGAAAAUUGCAUUAGCCAAGACGCAGCCGGAGGACCAAGAGCUCCAACAGCAACAGAAUGGCAGUCAGCUAGAGCAACAGUCAGAGCUAAUGCUAGACGACGAAAUGGAGCACAACAAAAUGAUGCUAUGCAAGUGGUAGCAACGUCAAAGAGUCCAGCGCCAACAUCACCACAAGCACUGGUAGCCGCAGAAUCCGCAUCGCCAUCAACAGCUAUUGCUGCCACAGUUGCAGACAUUGAUCUGUCAGAUGAAACGGUGCCAACUGAGCGACAAAAUGGUGAAGCAGUCACUGAUCUCACUGAGGAUGAGCCGCAGCAGCCAAUUGUCCAGAGCUGGAACGUGGAUCAGGUAGUCAGCUAUGUGGAGAAGUAUUAUCCGCAGGAGUCGAACAUAUUCAAGAGCCAGGAGAUCGAUGGCGCCGCAUUGAUGGUGCUGACGCGUCAGGAUAUCAUCGAUCGCUUUGGUCUCAAGCUGGGGCCAUCAUUGCGCAUCUAUCAGCUGGUGCUCAGCCUGCAGACGUCGCUCGAUGAUGUCACGCUCGGUUGGGUGGAAUAGCGACGAACUCAGAGAUGCGCAAUCUUGCCUAGUUUAUUUCAUUAAUUCUAUAAAUUUCUUGUAUUCGCUUGUUUCAAAGUUUUCGUUUCUCACUUUUUUUUCGUAGAAAUUAGCUUUGAGAUUAGUUUUAAGUGUCGCCAUAUACUCCAAGCAUAGGAGUACGACAACUAGAUAUAUAUAUACUUUACAUAUAUAUAUAUAUAAUUAUAU